CGAUUUUAACUCCACCAAACAAUUCUGCAUACAUACUUGUGUCUCUUUUCCUUCAUCUCAAUCAUGGCAGCCGAUGCAGUUGUUUCGGCUCUGCUGGAAAAAUUGACUUCAAUUGCUCUAGGUGAAAUAGAGAAAGAGGUGAGACGAGUUAUCAAUGUUCGUGGAGAAGUGAACAAGCUCAGUAGCAAUUUUCAAGCCAUCAAAGCUGUUUUGGAGGAUGCGGAGCGGCAGCAACUGGACAAGGGGAAGGCCAGUGUUCGAGAUUGGUUGGACAAGCUCAAGGACGUCUCUUAUGACAUUGAUAAUGCAUUGGAUGAGUGGAGCACUGCAAUUCUCAAGUCAGAACUUGAACCGAAGUCGAAGGUAUGUUCCUUCGUCCCCUCUCCUUCCUAUUGCUUUAAUGGAGGGAAAUUGCUUCUCAAAACUGCACACAAGAUACAGGCUUUGAAUGAGAGGCUGGAUGUUAUUGCAAAUGAGAGAGAAAGGUACCAGUUUAAGGUGUUAAGUAAUGAAAAACCAAAACGUGAUGAAACCACUUCUUUCAUAAAUGUAGCAGAGGUGAUGGGUAGGGUUGAGGAUAAGGACAGGAUAGUAAAUAUGUUGCUAAGUGAGGGUAGAAUUGAAGAAAUAGGACCAAAACUUCAGAUGAUCUCCAUGGUAGGCAUUGGGGGGAUUGGGAAGACUACCCUUGCUAAACUAGCCUUUAAUAAUGAGGAAGUAAAGUCUCAUUUUGAAGCAAAAAUAUGGGUGUGUGUUUCUGAUACUUUCAAUGAGAUGAAAAUUGCCAAAGAUAUUCUUAAAUUUGUGAUUGGUAAUGCUGAUAAGGAUGUUAUUGAGAAAUUGCAUAAAUUGAAUUCUGCUGUUGAAAAAAUGGAUAAAUUGAGGGAUGCUAUUGUAGAAAUGGAGAAGUUGAGGGAUACUAUUGAAAGGUUAGACAAAUUGGAGGAUGUAUUGUUGUACCUUAAAACCUCAAUCGAGGGUAAGAAAUUCCUACUUGUCCUAGAUGAUGUGUGGACUGAGGAGUAUGGAAAGUGGGAUCAACUGAAACACUUGUUGUUGAGUAAUGGUUCCCAGGGAAGCAAGAUCUUAGUGACCACCCGUAAGGAGAAAGUAGCGGUAAGCAUGGGUUGUGAAUUGUUCAAAGUGGGACAGUUAUCUGGAGAAGAAGGUUGGUCAUUGUUUAGUCAAAUUGCUUUUUUUGGGAGGUCUAAUGAUGAUUGUAGAAGUUUGGAAGAAAUUGCUAGAGAAAUUGCAAAAAAGUGCAAAGGCUUGCCACUUGCUUUGAAGACAUUAGCAAAAAUAUGGGUGUGUGUUUCUGAUACUUUCAAUGAGAUGAAGAUUGCCAAAGAUAUUCUUAAAUUUGUGAUUGGUAAUGCUGAUAAGGAUGUCAUUGAGAAAUUGCAUAAAUUGAAUUCUGCUGUUGAAAAAGUGGAGAAAUUGAAAGAUGUUAUUGUAGAAAAGGGGAAAUUGAAGGAUGUUGUUGAAAAAUUAGAUAAAUUGGAGGAUGUAUUGCAAUACCUUAAAAUCUCAAUCGAGGGAAAGAAAUUCCUACUUGUCCUAGAUGAUGUGUGGACUAAAGAGUAUGGAAUGUGGAAUCAAUUGAAACACUUGUUGUUGAGUAAUGGUUCCCAAGGAAGCAAAAUCUUAGUGACCACACGUGAUGAGGGAGUAGCAAGAAUCAUGGGUUGCAAAUUGUUCAAAGUGGGACUAUUAUCUGAAGAAGCAGGUUGGUCAUUGUUUAGUGAAAUUGCAUUUCAUGAGAGGUCUGAUGAUGAUUGUAGAAGUUUGAAAGAAAUUGGUGUGAAAAUUGCAAAAAAGUGCAAAGGCUUGCCACUUGCUUUGAAGACAUUAGGUGGCCUUAUGCGCUUGAAAAAAGGUGAAGAACAGUGGCAAAAUGUGUUAGAAAGUCCAAUGUGGGAACUUGAAGAGGUUGAAAAAGACUAUGUGAUAGAGAAAAAAAGGUUAAUCGAGUUAUGGAUGGCACAAGGUUUCCUCGAGGGGACUCAAGAUAUGGAGAAGGUAGGGGAAAACAACUUCAAUGACCUGUCAAUGCGUUUCUUUUUUCAAGAUUUUGAAAUGGAUGAAAAUGGUGGCAUUAUCAAGUGCAAAAUGCAUGACAUGGUGCAUGAUUUUGCUAUGUUUCUGACUAGAGGUGAGUGUUUGACAAUGGGAACUAGUAGCAGCAUUCAAUGUUUCAAUGGCAAAACUCGUCAUUUUUUUUUUAUGAUGCAAACAGAAGAGACCAUUGCUAUUCAGACUUGCACUGAAAACUUGCACACUUUGCUUAUUGAGUCAAAUGGAACAAAUCCUAUUUCUCAUAUUGAAUUAUUGAAAUUGUUUGAUAGGCUUAAAUGUCUCAGGAUAUUGAAAUGUUCAGAUUCUAGAAUUAACAAGUGUCCAAAAAAAAUAGGCAAAUUGAUACAUUUGAGGCAUCUUGACUUGUCAAAAAAUAGGGAGUUAAAGAAAUUGCCUAAAGCAGUAUGUGACUUGUAUAAUUUGCUUAUACUAGACAUUAGUGGAUGUUACGGACUUAAAAGACUUCCUCAUAGAAUGGGAAAUCUUAUCAACUUGUUGCAUCUUCGGAAUGAGGGGACAGCUCUGAAUUUCAUGCCUAAAAGCUUGGAGAAAUUGACUAGUUUGAAAACAUUGAAUGUGUUUGUGGUGACUCAUAAAGGAGCUGCACUUAGUGAUUUGGGGAACUUGAAUCAUCUUUGUGGGACUCUUAGCAUAGGAGGAUUAGGAAGUGUUAGAGAUCAGAGGGAAGCAGAAAAGGCGCAACUACAGAAUAAGAAGGGGAUUACUAAUUUGACUCUCAAAUUUGAUCGCAAUGGUUUGCCAGUGAGCCCAGCUAAUGAAUCACCAAGUAUUGUUUUUGAAGCCUUAAAGCUGCCUUCGGAUUUGAAAACAUUAGAAUUACAUGGUUAUCAAAGCACAUUCUCUUUUAUUCAGCCAAGUUGGAUGGUGUCCUUAACCAAGCUGAAGGAACUUGUCAUUUCAAACUUUGUAAAUGCUGAACAGUGGCCUUCCUUGGGGAAAUUGCCUUCUCUAGAAUCACUCAAGGUAGAUGAUACGCGGAAAGUAAAAAAGGUGGGAGUUGAAUUUUUGGGGAUAGAAAUGUCUUUGUCUCCAUCUUCAUCAUCCGUUGUUGCCUUCCCCAAUUUGAAGACACUACAGUUUAGGUAUAUGGGUGAGUGGGAAGAGUGGGAAGAGUGGGAUUCUGGAAGCAGAGGAGAAAUCAUGCCAUGUCUUUCUUCCUUGACAAUUUAUGGUUGUCCGAAGCUAAAAAAGUUGCCGGAUUAUAUUCUCCAAAAUACUACCCUGCAAGAAUUGAUAAUUAGUUAUUCAUUAGAUGCUGUCAUUUCAAAUCUAUUCAAAAAGGACUGCAAGCCCCAUAUCUCUUGCAUUUCUAACAUGGAUGUGGAAGGGGAAAAAGAAAUAGUGGGCCACACAAAUCCAAUUGUGUGGUCUAGCCCAAGUUGGAUAACCCCAUUAACCAACCUAAAGCAUAUAGUGAUCGAAUACUGCUACGUGGAACAUUUGCCUCCUUUGGGGAAAUUGCCUUCUCUAGAAUCACUCACGUUGGUUGAUGUGUUUGAAGUAAAAAAGGUGGGAGUUGAAUUUUUGGGGAUAGAAACGUCUUUGUCUCCAUCUUCAUCAUCCGUUUUUGCCUUCCCCAAUUUGAAGUCACUGACAUUUGACACGAUGGAAGACUGGGAAGAGUGGGAUUAUGAAAGCAGAGGAGAAGAGGAUAUCACAAUCAUGCCAUGUCUUUCUUCCUUGACAAUUAAUCGUUGUCAGAAGUUAAAGAUGUUGCCAGAUUAUAUUCUCCAGAGUACUACCUUGCAGGAAUUGAAAAUUUUCAAAUGUUCAAUUAUUUCAAAACGCUGCAAAGAAGACUACCAGCCCUUUAUCGACCGCAUUCCUCAUCCAAUGUGUUAGGCUAGGACUGGGGAGUCGGACUCGGACUUUGGGUAACUCGCAAAAAAGAAAGGUACUGUCUAAUU